CCGAAGGUGCAGGUGAUUUUCUUCCCCUCAUUUCCGUUUCCUCAGUUUCAAAUCACCAAUCAGAGAGCGAAGAUUUGUUGAUGUUUUCCCCCCACAGCAACGAUAACCAGGAAAAAGCUACAAUAUGCCUUCAAAUUCUACUUCCAAUAAUUCGGCACUUUCAGAAAACGUCUCAGGAGCUGGAAAUGAUGAGAAGCAGAACUGGGCUGCGUCUUCUUCCACUAUUUUCAAUCAUUUUGCUACAAGUGGACUUUCUGUUGCAGUUGCAACUGCUAUCACUCACCCUUUAGAUGUAUUGAAAGUAAGGCUACAAAUGCAACUUGUUGGCCAGAAGGGUCCUUUGAGUGGAAUGGGACAAUUACUUUUAAGUACGGUGAAAAAUGAAGGACCAAAGUCUUUGUAUUUGGGUUUGACCCCUGCACUAACAAGGUCAGUUGUUUAUGGAGGACUCCGCUUGGGCUUGUAUGAACCCUCUAAGUAUGCUUGUGAUCUUGCUUUUGGCUCCUCCAGUGUUUUAGUUAAAAUUGCUUCGGGAAUGUUUGCUGGUGCUAUUUCGACUGCACUGACCAACCCAAUGGAAGUUCUCAAGGUGCGAUUACAAAUGAAUCCAGACAUGAGAAAGACCAGACCAAUUUCAGAGCUUCAGAGGACUGUAUCUGAAGAGGGAAUCAAAGCUCUGUGGAAGGGGGUAGGCCCUGCCAUGGCCAGAGCAGCUGCCUUGACUGCAUCCCAGCUGGCUACAUAUGAUGAAACCAAGCAGAUUUUAGUGAGCUGGACAUCUCUGAAAGAAGGAUUUCAUCUACAUCUGAUCGCAAGCACAAUUGCUGGCAUAAUGAGCACUCUCAUAACUGCACCCAUAGAUAUGGUUAAAACACGUCUCAUGUUGCAACGAGAAUCCAAGGGAGCUAGAAUCUAUAGAGGCGGAUUUCACUGUGCAUACGAGGUUCUGCUUACAGAGGGCCCAAUGGCACUUUACAAAGGGGGUUUUGCAAUAUUUGCAAGAUUAGGGCCACAAACCACAAUUACAUUUAUAUUAUGUGAGGAGCUAAGGAAACUUGCUGGAUUGAAGGCAAUCUAGUGACAGGAGUGUCCACUGGGCUAGUUCCCAGACCAAACUAACCCUAAUGAUUCCUGAACUGCCGAAGAACUACCCCUUCUACAAACAAUUCACUCCCGUGUUGGGGAAUUCUUUUAGAUAAUUAUUCUCAUUAAUUGCACCGAUGAUUCAAGGUGCAUUCCCUGGAGAACAAGGUCACCUUUUUUGACUCGCAAAUAUGCAAACAAUAACAAGAGCUUCAACAAUAUUAUGUGGUUGUCAUGCCUUUUUUCUCAUUGUUUUCCAUUUACCACUGCAGUGUGGUCAUGACCAGUUAGAGAUCCAGGAUGGUUGUUCUUCCAACUCCUGUUCUCUUACCGGAGCACUGUAUUGGCAAAAGGGUAUUGAUUGUUUUUUAUGGUGAUUUUGAUGCGAAAAUGAUUUUUCUCAUCUCUCAGAUAGUGCUACCUUAUCUUUCCGGUUCUUGUUUUGUAUUCAAGGUUAAAGAGCUUUCUAAAUUGCUGGGAUUUUUGGCAGAGUUAGUACAUUUUUGGAGAAAUUGUGUAAAGGUACAGACUAGUGGUUUAAUGCUCUAUAAUUUGACAGAUAUUCCUGUUUGGAAUUUUGUGUGCAACCACUCAUUUUGAUUUUUAGGAAGCUUCUUUCUAUAGUCUGGUUUAGGCCGUAGUGAUUAGUAAU